CGAUCGACAGGGCAUUGCGUAUUUCGAGCACCAAUUGCUGGCAAAAAGCAACAUGACCGAAAAGAGGCUGAAGGAGAGAAUCCAGAUGAUGUCCUCCGAGGGAGAACUCAUUAUUGUUGAUAGGAAUGUCGCCAAGCGAUUUGUUGGAGAGAGCAGGAUGGGAAAUGAAAAUGAGCAUCUUCACUUUGAGAAUGUAAGAUCUAUUGUUUUGCGGAAGCUAAUUUUGUGGUCAUACUAUCAUAGGGAUGAUCCCCAGCCCGAACUCAGCGAUACCCAAGCAAAACAAUGGUACAACCAAUUCUUCGAUGAGGAUCAGAAAAUUCUCUUGGAACUGGCUGAAACAGCCGAUGCCCUGGAAAUAAAGAGGCUUUCCCAUAUAGCACGGCAACGGCUACUAGAUGGUACAACACCUAAGAACAAUUGAAUAACUGCUCACGAGUUAUAUGUGUAUAGCUUCGAUUUCAAAGUUAAACUUGUCUAGUAGUUCCUCUUAACUGUUAAAACGAA